AUGCCCACACCUCUGAGGAUCUGGGAAACACCUUGGCAGCCACGACCCAACCCACAGCUGAAAUGGGAAAACAGGACCUCUCUGGAUGCAAGGGGUUAUGGGAAUGGUGAACCUUCACAGGCCUCUACUCUCUUCCAGGAGCAGCACAAAAUGAACGUGGCUGAGGGAUCCGUGUCAUUUGAGGAUGUGACCAUGGAAUUCACCUGGGAGGAGUGGCGACUGAUGGGUCCCAGGGAGCGGAGCCUAUACAGGGACGUGAUGCUGGAGAACUACGGCCAUCUCGUUGCAGUGGGGUGUUGCAUUACCAAACCCAAGGUUAUCCUCAAGUUGGAGCAAGGAGAAGAACCAUGGCCACUUGAAGUCAAAUUCCUAAACCGGAAGUACCCAGGAUAUUAUAAAAUUGAUGACAACACACAAGAGAUCCAGGAAAAACAAAAGAAGCCUCUGUGUCAAGUAAUAUUUAUUGAUGACAAUGAUAAAACAUUGAGUAAAGAACAGAAAGCACACUUCAUUCACUAUCAGAGGACCCAUUCAGGGGAGAAACUUCAAUAUGAAGAACAUGGGAAAUCCUUUUGUACAAGUUCACAAUCUAUUCAGCAUUCUGGAGCUUAUGUGGGAUUCAAACUUUUUGAAUAUGAUGAAUGUGGGCGAUCUUUUACCUUCACUUCAGGUCUAAGAGCACAUCAGAGAAUUCACACAGGUAGGAAGCCCUAUGAAUGCAGUGACUGUGAGAAAACUUUUACCCAUAAUUCAGCCCUCAGAAUGCAUCAGAGAAUUCACAUAGGUGUAAAAUCCUAUGGAUGUGAUGAAUGUGGGAAAACUUUCUCCCGGAAGUCACACCUUAGUGCACACCAGAGGACUCACACAGGGGAGAAACCCUAUGAAUGUAAUGAAUGUGGGAAAACUUUCUCCCGGAAGUCAGUAGUUAGGGAACACCAGAUGACUCACACAGGGGAGAAACCCUAUGAAUGUAAUGAAUGUGGGAAAACUUUCUCCCGGAAGUCAGAAGUUAAGGCACACCAGAGGACUCACACAGGGGAGAAACCCUAUGAAUGUAAUAUAUGUGGGAAAACAUUUGCCCUUAACAAAACCCUUAGAGUGCAUCAGAGAACUCACACAGGUGUGAAAUCCUAUGAAUGUGAUGAAUGUGGGAAAACUUUUUCCCGGAAGACACACCUUCGUGGACACCAGAGGACUCAUACAGGGGAGAAACCCUAUGAAUGUAAUGUAUGUGGGAAAACUUUGUCUGAAAAGUCAUAUGCUAAUGCACAUCAGAGAGUUCACACAGAGGAGAAACCCUAUGAAUGUAAUAUAUGUGGGAAAUCAUUUGCCCUUAACUCAUCCCUUAGAAAGCAUCAGAAAAUUCACACAGGUGUGAAACCCUAUGGAUGUAAUGAAUGUGGGAAAACUUUCUCCCGGAAGUCACACCUUAGUGCACACCAGAGGACUCACACAGGGGAGAAACCCUAUGAAUGUAAUGAAUGUGGGAAAACUUUCGCCCACAACUCACACCUUAGUGAACACCAGAGGACUCACACAGGGGAGAAACCCUAUGAAUGUAAUGAAUGUGGGAAAACUUUCUCCCACAAGUCACACCUCAAAGCUCACCAGAGGACUCACACAGGGGAGAAACUGUAUGAAUGUAAUGAAUGUGGGAAAACUUUAUCCCAGAAGUCAAAUCUUAGGCAACACCAGAGGAUUCACACAGGGGAGAAACCCUAUGAAUGUAAUAUAUGUAGGAAACCAUUUGCCUAUAACUCAUCCCUUAGCGUGCAUCAGAGAAUUCACACAGGUGUAAAAUCCUAUGGAUGUGAUGAAUGUGGGAAAACUUUUUCCCGGAAGUCACACCUUAGUUCACACCAGAGGACUCACACGGGGAAACCCUAUGAAUGUAAUGAAUGUGGGAAAACUUUCUCUGAAAAGUCAUAUGCUAAUGCGCAUCAGAGAGUCCACACAGAGGAGAAACCCUAUGAAUGUAAUAUAUGUGGGAAACCAUUUGCCCUUAACUCAUCCCUUAGAGUGCAUCAGAGAAUUCACACAGGUGUGAAACCCUAUGGAUGUAAUGAAUGUGGGAAAACUUUCUCCCAAAAGUCACACCUCAAUGCACACCAGAGGACUCACACAGGGAAGAAACCCUAUGAGUGUAAUGAAUGUGGGAAAGGUUUUUCUUACCUCUCAACUCUCAGAGUACACCAGAGAAUUCACACAGGGGAGAAACCCUAUGAAUGUGGUGAAUGUAGGAAAAUUUUUGUUCAUAAGGCAGCUCUUAUAGUACAUCACAUCAGAAUGCAUACCAGAGAGAAAACCCUAAAACUUCAUGAAUUUGAGAAGUCCUGAAUCAACGCAUACCUUAUUUUAUACCACACAGCAGAGAAACUCUUGUCAUGUAGACUGGAAAAUUGUUUUCCUUAACAUUUUCCUUUUCCAUUAAGCUCAUAGCUUGUUGAAAAUUUCAAUCUCAUUCAUCCAGGUGGGCUGACCAAAGAAUAUGAUGCUAAUGAUAUCUAUUACAUUUAGUCCUGGCCCUUAAGCAUCUUAUAGUCUUCCUGGUCCAUGGUAAGAUGGGACUGAGAUGAUUUCCGCAGCAAGUUGACUUUUGUGUGUUGAAUGUGGUGGAGCACAAAGUCAAAGGAACCUGGAGUCUGGAUAACUGUUUGGAAUAUAAUUCUCUGCUUCCAGAUCAUCAUCAGUUGUUUGUUUUCAAGCAAGAAUUAAAUUUGUUUUCCAUUGAGCUCUCAGAUUUGACCUAUUAGUUAAAUACAUUGUUUUACUGUCUAUCUAUUAGACUGGGAUGAAAUCCUAUUGACAUAAUACAUUUCAGAAGAACUAUUAGAAAUCAGUUUUAUUGUAUAUCAGAGACUUCACAUGAAGAAGAAAAUUGUCAACAUCCUGAAUGAUCAGAAGCCUUCACUAAAGUCAGAGAUAUUUCAAGGAAAACCACAAAAGCCUUCACAACAAAAUUAAUUGCAUUAAGCAUCAAAUAAUUAGGAUAAAAUUUUAUAUUUUGAAUAAAUGAUUUUUAACAAAUAUUGAAUGCUUUUAGAAAUUUCUUUCCUGAGGAAGUGUCAGUUUCAGAAUUGAAGAAAAUAAAAUCUUCACCCACGAAAACUUCUAUUUAUGUAAUAUCAAAAAUUUUAUAGAAAAAGAUAAGAAAAUACCUAUAGACAAACUCACGUUAGAAUGUGAAGUUUUUUAAAUAAAGGAAUAGCUUAAAGUCUGUGGAUAACAGCAAUAAAUAUUUAUGAAAAGUCA